CGAUUUUCAGUGAAGAGUUCCGGCGGACCACGGAACAAUCAAAAGGAAGAGCAAUGCCUAAUCAUGGACUGUGAACUGUAGAUCUGGCAAGGAUUUUAAGGAUCUGUCAAGUAUUUGAAGAAUCUAUCAGCAUUAUCUAAAAGAAGCCAUCACUGUAGCAGAGCUUAGAUGGCCCGAGAAUCACUCACGCAGAACAGUAAUUUACAUGGACGAGUAGCAGAAAUUAUUCCGAAAAAGCUCUUUUUCUGUGCAUUCCAAAAUCGACCGAAGCCAGACCGUUCUACGGAUUAUUAUUACGUCGACGACGAAGUGCAUUAUGACAGUUUCUAUUCCGAUUUUGGCCCAUUAAAUCUGUCUGUGCUUUACCGAUUCUGUCAAAAUCUCACGGAAAGAUUAGAGGAGGUGGAUGGUGAGAAAUCUGUAGUGGUAUGCUGCGGAUCUGCCGAUGAAUGUCGGGUAAAUACAGCUUAUUUAGUGGGCUCUUAUGCGAUUCUUUAUCUGGGAAUGACGGCCGAAAUAGCUUAUUUACGGAUACACAAGGCGGAACCGAAUGGCUUUAUCGGAUUUCGGGAUGCAGCGAUGGGCCCCGCAACUUACAGACUACACCUUCACAAUGUACUUCGCAGUAUCGAGAAGGCAAUGAAAUUCGGUUGGUUGGCGUUUGACACUUUUGAUCCGGAUGAAUAUGAAUAUUAUGAAAAAGUCGAGAAUGGCGAUCUGAACUGGAUUAUACCGACCAAAAUACUAAGCUUCUGUGGACCGCACAAUAAAUCAGUUAUUGAGAAUGGUUAUCCAUAUCACGCACCGGAAGUGUAUUUUGAUUAUUUCCGCGCGCAUAACAUUUCAACUAUCAUACGGCUCAACAAGCGUAUGUAUGAUGCCAAAAGGUUUUUAGACGCAGGUUUCGAGCAUAUCGAUCUCUUUUUCGUUGACGGUUCAGUGCCAUCUGAUGAAAUCGUCGAACGGUUUAUCAAUGUUGUUGAUAACGCCAGAGGAGGCGUGGCCGUUCACUGCAAGGCAGGGUUAGGUCGAACCGGGACGCUGAUAGCUUGUUGGUUGAUGAAGGAGUAUGGCGUGACAGCAGCCGAAUCAAUUGCUUGGUUACGAAUUUGCAGGCCUGGUUCGGUGAUUGGGCCACAACAAGAAUUCCUUAUUGAAAAGCAACCAUGGUGCUGGGCAAUGGGUUCCAAACCCGCUGCCACUCAUCUUUCACAACUGGCUACUAAGGUGAAUGAAAUUCGUAUUGAAGAUUCGAGUUCGAAAGGAAUAGUGCUGCCAACAUCUCGGCCUACCUCACUGAAAUCUUCACCAAGAAAGGCCUACGAACUAGAAACAAUGGUAGAAAAGGAAUGUGGUGAGAAGAAAAGAGAAAAACCAAGCCAGGGUGAUCAUCUGCUGGUGCAGAAGGCUAAAGCACAACGGACUAUGGUAUCACAUGCAAAAUUUACAUCACCUACUACCCCCGUUAAACCGCUGUCAACCAACAGUAACACAAUGACAAGACGCCCUUUGAGAAGCUAUGGCGAUGUCAGCAUACCACCACCGAUCUCACGAGUUACGGUAUCUGCAACGACUUCUGUAGCGAAUAAUAGACCGUUAACAAAGUGCAAAUCAUCACGAAGACUUGCCACGAUACGCAACAAACCUUAUGCAUGCUCAGGAGUUAAAGUUAAUUUGCCAGCAUCGGUUUAUGAACUAAGGCCUAGAAACAAUAAUAAAACAUACGGUGUGUUUCGUUUUACUGAUCCUGCCAAGGAGCUUGCACCCAAUUCGGUUGCCCUUAUCGGUAUUUCUGCUCGGCGAAAUCUGAGUGAAUUAUAAAAUAGACAAUCAAUAUCCGGUCUUGACAAACGGUAAGUGCUUAAUGUAAAAACAGGAAUGUACACCAAAGCAUUUAAUGAUCUUCCUUCUAGUGGUCGAGAGGCGGGUACGAUUUAAUCCAGUUGAAAUUUUAUCUGUAUUCCGUACGGCAUUUUUUUUUACCCUGUAUAGAGUUGAACAUUUUUAAUUUCCUUUGGUGGUUUACCAGUUUAAUUUCUUUUCAUCUCAUUGUUGGUAGUAUCUUUGUAGCAUAUCUGUUUUUGUAGUUGUAGUCGUGGAAGCCUUCCACAUAUUAAUCUUAUGGUAGUAGCCCAGCCGUUAUUGUUUGAAUUUCGUUGAAAAUA